ACACAGUGGCUCUGAACUUGGAGACGUGAGCAAGCCGGCAGCUGAACUCAGCAAGCGGACGAGGAGAUCGACGGCGAUGAAGGCGGUGGUGAUCUCGAGCCCCGGCGGGCCCGAGGCGCUAGAGGUGCGCGAGGUGGAGGACCUCCCGGCGCCGGGGGACGGCGAGGUGCUCGUCAAGGUGGCCGCCGCCGGCGUCAACCGCGCCGACACGGUCCAGCGCCAGGGCAAGUACCCGCCGCCGCCCGGCGCCUCCCUCUACCCGGGGCUCGAGUGCUCCGGCACCAUCCUCGCGCUCGGGCCCAACGUCCCCUCACGCUGGGCCGUCGGCCACCAGGUGUGCGCGCUGCUUACUGGCGGCGGGUAUGCGGAGAAGGUGGUGGUGCCGGCGGGGCAGCUGCUCCCGGUGCCGGAGGGGGUGUCGCUGACGGACGCCGCAGGCUUGCCCGAGGUGGCCUGCACCGUCUGGUCCACCGUGUUCAUGACCAGCCACCUCUCCCCCGGUGAAUCGUUCCUUAUCCAUGGUGGAUCAAGUGGAAUUGGUACAUUUGCCAUACAGAUUGCAAAGCACCUUGGCAUUAAGGUGUUUGUUACUGCAGGAAGCGAAGAAAAACUCGCUGCCUGCAAAGAUUUAGGCGCGGAUGUGUGUAUAAACUACAAAACUGAAGACUUUGUAGCACGCAUAAAAGAAGAAACAGAUGGAAAGGGUGUUGAUGUCAUUCUGGACAAUAUCGGCGGAUCUUAUCUCCAGCGCAAUCUGAACAGCUUAGCUGUUGAUGGUAGACUCUUCAUUAUCGGUUUCAUGGGAGGCGUUGUAACUGAAGUGAACCUGGCGGUUAUGCUUGCCCGAAGAUUGACCGUACAAGCUGCUGGACUGCGUAACAGAAACCUCGCAAAUAAAGCUCAGAUUGUCAGCGAGGUGGAGAAAAAUGUAUGGCCAGCCGUUGUGUUGGGCAAGGUGAAGCCGGUGGUUUACAAGACAUUUCCUCUAUCUGAAGCAGCUGAAUCUCACAAGCUGAUGGAAACGAGCUCCCACAUUGGCAAGAUACUACUGAUUCCAUGAUUGGGUAUGUGUCGUGUGAUUGGGUAUGUGUCGUGUGCACUGGGAAACGCCGUGGCCACUGUUUCUAUGGUGAACUAUGCAUGGACAUAUCUCUUUUUGGAUUGUAUAAGUUGGAUCUAUAAGUGCUGAUGAAAUUUAGUACACAAUAAUUGUUGGAACUUUAAA